AUGGAGGGCGCUAAAAUCACGCUCUUGGGUGCUGGCCAGGAAGUCGGUCGGUCGUGUUGUGUCAUUCAAUACAGGGGAAGAACAAUCGUCUGCGAUGCAGGCGUUCACCCCGCGUAUAGUGGGAUUGCUUCUUUGCCCUUUAUAGACGAAUUGGACUGGAGCACAGUUGAUGUUGUGCUGAUAACACAUUUUCACCUUGACCACGCAGCUGCUUUGACGUACAUCACGGAGAAGACAAACUUCAAGGAUGGCAAGGGUAAGAUCUACAUGACGCAUCCCACCAAAGCUCUACACAAGUUCAUGAUGCAGGACUUCGUGCGGAUGAGCUCCUCAACGUCAGAUGCAUUGUUUACUCCCCUUGACCUGUCGAUGUCGCUGGCGUCGAUCAUCCCGGUUUCUGCGCACCAGGUCAUCACUCCCUGUCCGGGCGUCACUUUCACCCCGUAUCAUGCUGGCCAUGUUCUUGGAGCUUGCAUGUUUCUUAUCGACAUUGCUGGACUGAAGAUCUUGUACACUGGCGACUAUUCACGCGAAGAAGACCGGCAUCUUGUAAAGGCAGAGGUGCCGCCCAUCCGCCCUGACGUACUCAUUGUCGAGAGCACAUAUGGCGUACAGACUCUCGAAGGCAGAGAAGAGAAGGAGCUCCGGUUUACUAAUCUAGUACAUUCAAUCAUCCGACGGGGAGGCCACGUUUUGCUGCCUACGUUUGCUCUUGGACGCGCACAGGAGUUGUUACUGAUCCUGGAUGAGUACUGGAAGAAGCAUCCUGAUCUACACAAUACUCCUAUCUACUACGCUUCAAGUCUCGCAAGAAAGUCUAUGGCUGUAUACCAAACGUAUAUCCACACAAUGAACGCGAAUGUACGGUCAAGAUUUGCAAAGCGUGACAAUCCGUUUGUGUUCAAGCAUAUCUCGAAUUUGCCGCAGACCCGUGGGUGGGAGCGCAAAGUCGCGGAAGGGCCACCUUGCGUCGUUUUGGCUAGUCCUGGAUUCAUGACGGUGGGGCCCAGUCGUGAGCUACUGGAGCUAUGGGCUCCGGAUUCGAGGAACGGAGUCAUCGUUACAGGCUAUUCGGUAGAAGGUACUAUGGCGCGGGACAUUCAAAGCGAACCGGAAGAGAUCAUGUCGCUCAAGGGUGUGCCCAUCCCGCGCAAGCUCUCGGUCGAUGAGAUCUCGUUCAGCGCCCAUGUCGACUACUCACAGAACUCGGAGUUCAUCGAGCUGGUGAAGGCACAACACAUCGUUCUGGUGCACGGCGAGCAAACAGCCAUGGGUCGGCUGCGAGCCGCUCUCACGGACCGGUACAAGAGUCGAGAUGAGGAUGUGAAGAUACAUACUCCUCGGAAUUUGGAGACGCUGGAGUUGACGUUCCGCGGAGAGCGAGUAGCGAAGGCAAUAGGCAACCUUGCAGCAAAGCCUCCACGACCGGGCGACUUCCUGUCUGGUCUCCUGGUAUCGAAGGAUUAUUCUUAUACCUUGCUGGAUCCCCGCGACCUCAGGGACUUUGGAGGUCUCUCCACCUGCGUUGUAACGCAGAGACAAAAGAUGAUUCUAGGUGUCGGUUGGGAUCUCAUCCGCUGGCAUUUGGAAGGUAUGUUCGGGAAGGUGGAGGAGGGACUCGACAAGGAUGGUAUACCAACAAUGCGGAUCAUGGGCGCUGUCGAUGUCAAGCAAACGCAGGAACAUGAGUUGACGCUCGAGUGGGACUCAAGUGCCAGCAACGACAUGAUCGCAGACUCGACGCUCGCUCUCAUCGUAGGCAUAGACAAGAGUCCUGCAUCUGUGAAGCUGACCACGAACACGCACGCCCACACUCAUACGCAUGCACCGGAGCACCCACACCCACAUGCAGACGUGGAGAAUGCGAGUGCGGAGGUCACGCGCAUACAGAGGCUGGCGAUGUUCCUCGAGGCACAUUUCGGCGAAGUCGAGCUGCACAUGCCCGAGGAAACGGACGAGCAAGAGCAGGACGACGAAAAUCACGAGCCAGCACUGCUUGUGCGACUCGAUGAGGCAGAUGCCGUAAUUAACCUCGUCACCAUGACUGUCGUUAGCCCGAGCGAUGCUCUCCGGAAACGCGUCGAGACCGUGCUUGACAUGGCCAUUUCGACCGUUGCGUCGCUCGACGAGUUGUUCACGUCCGGCGUACCCCUGCUCAGCGAAGAACAUGCACCUGAAACCAUCAAGGACAAAUCAGGCAGUCCAUCUGAUGCUCCGGACGUGCAGGCCGAUGUCAAGGCUCUCGAGACGGAGGCGGAGGCUCAGAAACAGCAAAAUGCAGAGAAUGCCCGCGAGGGUGCAGGCUCCCCGAUGCAGGACGUGCAGGCGACUUCUGCUCCCGAUGAUGCGACUGGGAAGAAGGAAGACGCGAAGGAGACAGAUAAGAAGAGCACGGUCGCACACUCCAAGGCACCGCAAGAACAAAAUCAAAGUGGGGGAGCGGCUGGAGAGGGGGUCGGAGAUGGCGGCGACGAUGAGAGCGACUCUGGAUCUGACGACGAUCCGAUUUUGCAGGUCCAUGAUUAG